AUGGGUUCGGUUCCCCUUCAACUCGCAGGGGCAUUUGGACUCGUAGUCCAGUGUCGAGAAACAAGCGGCAAUCAUCCACUUCUGUCCAUGACAGUGCAUACCCUGAGACAGGCCAUGUGUCCAAGAGAACCACUUUACCCAGCAUGCAUGCAGUUUACCACACAAGACUACAAAGAGCUCUUGGCUCAUGCAAGGGAGCUGAAAGUCGACAUGAGCCCUGAGGCGGAAAGGAUGAUCCAUGGCUAUUACAUGGGCAGUCGCAGGGUUCGCUCAGACUCCACACAGAGAUCCUCUGUCUCUGUCAAACUGCUGAUUUCUCUGGCCCAGGCUCAUGCUAAACUCAGUCUGAGAAAGCAAGUUCUGGAGGAAGAUGCAGUCAUUGCAGUACUACUGUGCGAGAGUUCGGUCACCCUAAAACAUGGUUAG